AGCCCGAUUUUAGCAGUAGCAGACUUCCGCACCAUAACCUAUGCAGACGGCACAACAGCAUCAUCCUGCGUAACACAAGCAACGGAAACACUUCCAUUUUUAUUCUUCCUGAUGACCAUUUCCGUGUUCUUCCUGCUUCCGUUCAUAAUAUUAUUGGCGCUGUACGCGCGGAUAGCCCGCGAACUAAUCGCAGACGCACCGAACAAACACUCUGAACGUUGCAACAGAAGACACUUGGUUAUUAUGUUGGGAACAGUGGUGUUGGCGUUUUUUGUAUGUCUACUCCCAUUCAGAUUGUUGACUCUAUGGAUUAUAAUUUCACCAGAUGAAGCCCUGGUGCAUUUGGGGGUGGAAAGAUAUUAUAAUAUUUUAUACUUCUGUCGCACAAUGCAUUAUUUGAAUUCAGCUGUGAAUCCUGUCCUCUACAAUUUGAUGUCGUCGAAAUUCAGGGAUGGUUUUAGCAGUGUCUGCGGAUGUUUUUGCUGGUGUUAUGAAAGAAGGCCUUUGAGGAAACGAAGUGGUACUAUUUUGACGACAAGUACGAGUGCAAGUGGAAGGAGCAAGCAGUCUUUGAAGAAACAUAAAAAUGUAACACCUGUUAGUUCUACUUCGGUAGUGUUGCCAGCGGGUAGUGAUGCGCAGAGUCCAAUCCUGGUGGUCGCUUCCUACCAGUACGAGGAAUACUUCGACGGAUCAAUCGUCGCCGUCUGUCUGACCCAAGCGGAUUCCUUCUGGCCAGCUCUAUUUUUCAUAUCUUCAAUUUCCGUAUUUUUUCUCAUCCCUCUUGCCAUCUUGGUGAUUUUAUAUACCAUAAUAGCCAAAAACCUCAUGGAAAAUCCAAUGACUGCAGUAUCGCACGGAAAAAACGGUAACAACAUAUACAAAUAUAGGCGGCAAGUCGUGGUGAUGUUAGGGGCUGUGGUUUUAUCCUUCUUUGUAUGUCUGAUGCCCUUUCGUGCCCUAACUUUGUGGAUCAUAGUAGUUCCACCAGAAACCAUAAUGUCUUUGGGCUUGGAAGGAUACUACAUCCUGCUGUACUUUUGCAGAAUUAUGCUGUACAUAAACUCAGCCAUCAACCCGAUUUUAUACAACUUGAUGUCAUCCAAGUUCCGGGAAGGUUUCAUGAAACUUCUUGGUUGUCACAAAUUACGACGACUCACCACUUCGAGUGAUGGUAGAAAAAGUACUUUCAGAACUACUUCUAGUACUUUAUCCAGCAAUACUGAUUCUUUUUGGAGACGAUACAGUACCCAAAAAGCUGCAAAAGCAGGAUCUCCUAAACAUAAGAGCAAAAUUGCAACUUUGUUGUUUCGGAAAGAAACUUUGGAUGAUGCUGAACCAAGACCGAUUAGUAGUGUUGAAGCUCCUAGUAAUACUGAUCCUGAUGAGAUUAGAAGUUGUGCUGACAGAAGUAGUAAGAAUAAUAAUAAGCAAAAUUAUGUGAGGAGUUUGGAAGAAUCGCAGUUGGUGCAUGAGUUGUCGUUUGCUAAAGAAAGUUUUGUCUAG